AGGGGAUGGGGUGAGAUUGGCUUUCCUUUUCUAUGCAUCUCCCUAUCCCUAGAAUAGAAGUGGACUACCCCAGACGUUUUGCUGCUUGUGAAAUAAAAGAAAAUACUUUAAAAAAUUAAAAGGGUACUAGUUCACCUUUUCUGGUUCCUGGAAAAGGGGAAGGGACACCGUACUUUCGACUUUGUGACUCAACUUUGACUCUAAAAGUCGAGCUGAUCAACGACCCCACUUGCAAAGCCAGCGCUGUGUUCCAAAAGACAAUCCGCUCCCUAUAUAUUUAGGGAUCGUCGUUUUCCCAGGCACAUUCCAGUGUCCGAGACGGCCCAAAAGAUUGCUAAAACUAAGAUCAAACUUAGCCUCGGAGAUAAAGAAUAAGACACGUCUAAACCCUUUCCUGCCCCUUUAAGAAGGGCUGGUCCGAGGCCAGCUAAUGGAGCGUGACUCAGCAUCUUUUGCCGAGCUUGGCUUUGUGCAGAUUCUAGAAAAUCUGCUCCAUCAAUCGCUCCCUGCUUUGGUUGUGCCUUGACCCGCAGCUUUUCCGACAUGCCUGGCGAGUACACCCUCACCUAUUUCCCUGUUCGAGGCCGUGGAGAAUCCAUACGCAUGCUGCUGGCUGAUCAGGGACAGGAGUGGACAGAGGAUGUGGUGAAUGGGGAGAUUUGGCAGAAGGGAGAUCUCAAGAAAUUAUGUGCCUUUGGCCAACUGCCGAGAUUCCAGGAUGGGAAUUUUAUAUUGCAUCAGUCUAAUGCUAUUCUGCGCCACUUGGCUAGGAAUCACGGACUCUAUGGUGAAGAUGCAAAGGAAGCAGCGCUGCUGGACAUGGUGAAUGAUGGUGUGGAGGACCUGCGAAUUAAAUAUGCCCGCUUAAUCUACCACAACUAUGAAUCUGGCAAAGCUGCUUACAUUGAGGCCCUGCCAGCUGAGUUGGCCCCUUUUGAGAAGCUCUUGGCUCAGAACGAUGGAGGGAAAGGCUUCAUUGUAGGCAAACAGAUCGGCUUUGCAGACUAUAAUCUGCUUGACAGUCUACAUGCUCAUUUGGUCCUGGCACCCAAUUGCUUGGCUUCCUUUCCUUUGCUGGCUGGUUAUGUGCAGCGCCUUAAUGACCGGCCACUUCUCAAGAAUUUCCUGGAAUCAGAUGCCCGUAAGAAACGUUUCAUCAAUGGGAAUGGCAAGCAGUAAAGCUACUUACUUUUCUAGGAUGCAAGUUUGUAGUUUUGUAGAUCUAACAAAGCUAGUUUUAAAAAAGGCUUGUAUCUCUCUGCUGGGGAAGGAAAAUCAUGAAAACUGCAGGAAUGGAAAGCUUUUACAGCCCAGGAAAGAUGUUUAGCACCUGGUGUCUGGUUGGAUUAGAGUAGCAAUAAUGCUAAAAUCACUUGUUGGUGAUGGUAGAUACACUUUUGCAAAAGAAUAAAAUCCAGUUCUGCAAAACCUGAUUCAUGGUGCAGCUAUGACACAGGAAUGAGAAUGUACCAUUUCAGGAUUAAAGAUUGCCGGAAGUGCUGAUUUUUUUGUUUUAUCUGGAUCUGAUAUUGAAUUCUACAAUAAAAUGGAGAAAAUAUCCUAUUAGGUCAGUUUGAUUAAAAUAAUUUCAACAACCA